AUGUCGUCGCUCACUGAACAGUGCCCGAGGGUGAUCAUGCUCCAAUGCGAUUGUUUCGAGCACCAGGUGCAUCUCAUCUUGUUGAGCGGGCUGGAGAUCCUCGACGCGAUGCUUAAGUCAUGUGGGUACGAUUCGUCUGUUGCCAAGACUACAAAUGUGCUGAGGGAGAGGGCCCAGGACUUCUGCAAGGUGUGGUCUGGCAUUUUCACGGACAAGGUCAAAGCGAAAAAAAAACAAAUGCGAAUGUUCCCUAAGUGCUGCUCUGGCCGUUGGGGAUCUGUUCAUGAAGUUGAGUUCCGCAUGAUGGAGGCCGGAGGCGAUAAUAUUCACAAGUUUCUGAAUUUGGUGUUGACGCACCGCCUGCACAAGCUGGGGGAUGAAGAGAUCGACGGCGCGGUUUGUCAUAUUGACAUUCAGGCUUUAGAACAACAAGCGGCAUAUCGGAGGACGAUGGGCAGGUGGCACCGCGAUGUUUUACAUGUAACAAAAAAGAGUUCGUUUCGGAGCAUGAUGGAGAUGUUGUAUGCGUUACGAGAACCGUUGCUCCACUUGUCAUUUAUCUUGAAGAAGCCCGUCGACGAGCCAACCAUUGCGACUCACGGCAAUCAAUUGCAGCAGCUCGCGAACGGGAAAGCGAAACUCCUUGCGUUGGAGUUCGAGGCGGCAGCCCAAGGAGACCAAUGGCGAGCCAGGGUGACAUCGUUGAUGUUGGAGGACCACCGUGACGCUGUAUUCUUUUGUAAAUGCGCAUUUCGCAUACUCUUGAGCAGCGCUGCAGGCAUCUACCGCAGAGUGGUUCUUCCUUUACAGGAGUUCCCUUUCAAGCUGCUCCAGCUGGCGCGCAACCCGUCGCAUGCAGACUGCUUCUGUCGACGCCGAACUGCGUCUGACCUGCUCGGCGCUCACGAUCGCGGCGUCUUGGAUGUAUCCACCAAGAAAUUUCUGAAUCUAUACAGAGAGUCUGUUCAGUGCGCAGAGGAUACAGGCAAGUGCCCUUCGAGAGUGCAUCGCGCGCUUGAGACUUUGGGGAGGGCGUGGCAAGCCCACGUGCGCGAGAAUGAGCGCCUCAACAAGCAGAUCGGCAUCGUGUGUGACCGGGCCCCUAAUUCCACGCUCGAGCUGGUCUCAUCGCGGCUCCAGCUCGAGCACUACCUUGGCCGAGCACUCGACCCAGCACCUCGCCAUGGAAAGAAUGCCAGGGCUGCCGGUCAGUCGCGUGCUUUCCACGAGUACGCGUUGGAUAUCGCCUCUGGCUCUUUUGGCGCUGCCUGA